AUGGGAGAAGGCACACUGCAUACGGAAGAAGAACCAUACCAGGAAAACUAUCCGAAUGUUAUGGAAGGAGUAUUGGAGGAUGUGAUGGAAGCACCCAAUGAAGAGCAAUAUGGAGAUGGCGUGUUUCAAGCAUUCGAAGCCGCUAAUGAACCAUUAUACGAAGGAUGUGUAGAAGGUAUUUCUCAGUUAUACUUGGCGUCACGUUUAAUGAAAGUAAAAAUCGAUCAUAAUUUACCGGAGUCGUGUUUGGAUGAGAUAUCACAAACGUUUAGAGAUGUUCUGCCACAACCAAACAAAGCUCCUGAAUCAUAUUAUGAGAUGAAAAAGUUGACAAAGGCGCUUGGUCUUCCUGUUCUGAAGAUUGAUGUUUGUGAAGAUAACUGCAUGUUAUUUUGGAAGGAAGAUAAAGAUUUGGUGGUGUGUCGAUUUUGCGGGAAAGAUAGAUAUCACCAGAACCAUGGAAAGGGGAAAAAGCGGCCCAAACAAAGAAUGUUUUACAUGCCUAUUACGGAGAGGUUGAAGCGACUGUACCAACUUGAAGAAACUGCAGCACAAAUGCGAUGGCACGCAGAACAUGAGUCGCCCGAAGGAGAAAUGCAUCACCCUUCUGAUGGAGCAGCUUGGAAGCAUUUUAACAAGGUAUAUCCUGAUUUCACUGAAGAAAGUCGGAAUAUAUAUCUAGGCUUAGCAACAGAUGGAUUUAACCCAGUUGGUAUGAGUGGUGAAGCACAUUCGGUAUGGCCAGUAAUUGUUACUCCGUAUAACUUACCUCUUGGGAUGUGUAUGAAAAGAGAAUAUUUCUUUUUAUCCGUCCUAGUUCCCGGGCCAAGACAUCCAAAGAAGAGCAUUGAUAUAUAUCUGCAGCCGCUAAUUGAAGAAUUGCAAAGUUUAUGGAGUCACGGGGCAGAAACAUACGAUAUCUCGAGAAAGGAAACAUUCACGAUGCGAGCCGCAUUAAUGUGGACAAUUAAUGACUUUCCUGCUUAUGGCAUGAUGUCAGGUUGGAUGACUCAUGGUCGUUUAGCUUUUCCAUAUUGUCUCGAUGAUACAAAGUCAUUUUGGUUGAAACACGGAAGGAAGCAUAGCUGGUUUGAUUGUCAUCGAAUGUUUCUACCUAAAGAGCAUCCUUACAGGAGAAAUGUUCAAGCGUUUCGAAAGGGGAAGACAAUAAGUGAUGAUCCUCCACCAUGGUUGACGGGAGAAGAAAUUCGCUAUGAAAGAAUCAACAACAUCGUUGGGCUGAAGAAAACGGUUGAAUGUGGAGGUAACGGACACGAGAAACCUGGAAGUAACAUCGAAGGCUACGGAAAAGAUCAUAAUUGGGUGAAGAAGAGUAUCUUUUGGGAAUUACCGUAUUGGGAAAACCUUCUUCUUCGCCACAACGUUGACUUCAUGCACGUUGAGAAGAAUUUCUUUGAUAAUCUUAUCAACACGGUGCUUAAUGUUCCUGGGAAGACUAAAGAUAAUGCAAAGUCGAGGAUGGAUCUACCUGAUUUGUGCAGAAGGCAAGAGUUACAUAUCAAAGAUGAUGGAAAGAUGCCGGUCCCGAUAUUUCGGUUGUCAAAGGAAGAAAAAAAAGAAUUCUUGCGAUGGUUGAAGGAAGAUAUAAAAUUUCCAGAUGGGUAUGCUUCAAAGUUUAGUAGAUGUAUAGACGAGACGAAUUCGAAGCUUUCAGGCCUAAAAAGUCAUGAUUGCCAUGUCAUCAUGCAACGGCUUCUCCCAUUUGCGUUUAAGGAGUUACUUCCAAAAAAUGUCCGCAUCGCAAUUUCAGAAAUCGCACUCUUCUUUCGGGAUAUCUCUGCAAAAGUACUAAAAGAAGAAGAUGUCGCCAUUUUAAAAGAAAACAUUGCGGUGAAGCUUUGUAAUUUGGAAAAGAUUUUCCCACCUUCGUUUUUUGAUGUUAUGGAGCAUCUCGUUAUGCAUUUGCCAGAUGAAGCUGCUCUAGGUGGUCCAGUGCAAUAUAGAUGGAUGUAUCCUUUCGAGAGAUACAUGUACCAUCUGAAGAAAAAGGUUAGAAAUAAGGCACAUAUUGCAGGUUCCAUUAUUUCCCAAUGUCUUACCGAGGAGAUUUCUAGAGCUUCUGCACAUCACUUUGGAAAUCCAGAAGUGCCUGCUACCGUUUUGCAACCUGGAGAUAUUCGUUUUACAUAUCAUGAUCCAGAUGUGCCAAAUAUGUUUUACCAUGAAAGUCGAGUUAGUGAAAAAAUGGAGCAGAGGCAUCUAACCGAUGAUGACUAUAAUGUGUUACAAACGUUUUUGAUGCUCAUUUGUCCUGCAUUUGAGCCCUACGAAAGGAUGUUUGAGGAGUUUAUGAUGGACAACAACCCAAAUAUAUGUGGUGAUGAUCUACAAAUAGCAAAAGACAACCACUAUGCGGAAUGGGUGAAAAACUAUGUUAACGAAGCGAGUAAGAUAUAUCAGUUUCCAUUGUGGAUGUUGGAUUUCGUACAAGGCCCGAAACAAAAUUAUAAAGCCUGGCCGAUAUAUUUUUCGCGAGGAUACUGCUUCCACACACAUAGCCAUGGCCAAGAUAAAAGAACCCAACAUUAUGGUGUCCAAGUCCGGGGUACGACAGACACUGACUAUUACGGCUUGAUUGAGGAGAUAAUGAUGGUUGAGUAUUCUGGUUCUGUUGGGCUUAAAUCCAUGGUUUUUAAAUGUAAGUGGUUUGAUACAAUUGUGGGUCGGGGGAUUCGAAAACAUAAAUCGGGAAUCGUUGAUGUGUCUCCGCGCUGGCAGUACGAGAAAUACGAUCCAUUUAUCUUAUCUGGUAAUUGUGAUCAAGUUUGUUUCAUUCCUUAUCCGCGGGUUCGAGGCACAUCAGCAAACGAUUGGUGGGCAUGUACGAAAGUUGUGCCUAGAGGGGUUCGAGAAACAUCUGAAGAUGCUCUUACUGCGCUACAAGAUGAUACACACGACCAAGUUGUUGCACCAAGUGAAAUGUUACGAUUUGAAACUUAUGUUGUGGAAGAUGAUUCAGAUUAUGAUUCUACGCCGGUUGUUCCACCCAAUGACGAAUAUGUUUCUGAAGAUGAGUUAGAACCGGCAUGUACCGAUUCUGAUUCAGGGUCUGAUUCAAGUUCUUAG